UGUACUGUCAUUUGUGAGUUCUUCUUAUGUGCAAUUUUAAUUUAUUUCCCUUAACAAAAUGAUAUAAUAAUUAAUUUGGAGGUAUCUAGCUAAUUUUUUCAAAUAAAUAAAAAUAUUGUUUCUUUUCUUGCAUGACGAUAUGACCUUUUUUUUUUGUUUUUUUUUUUUUUUUUUGGACAAAUGAUAGUGCUAUUAUGUUAAAAUGUUAGUUAGGGAAAAGAAGGAUCAGUGAAUGUCAAACUUGCACUAGGAUUCAUAGAUAUAAUUGAUUUCUGCAACUGCUAUAAAACAUCAUCGACUUCUCACAAAUAUUAUAACAUAAAAAAGGGUAAGCUAUAUGUCAUAGUAAUAAGCUCUUGUAGCUCGGUUGACUAGAGCACCCAUUCAAUAUAAGGUUGUCUUUAGUAAAACCACCAACGGAAGCAUAUUGGUAUGCCCAUCUUCUCUAUUUUAGGUUUUCCUUGAAAAAAUAUACAUACAAAACAGCCAUGUCAGCUAGUGAAGGGGAAUUCCACCAAUGAAGAUUCCAAAUGGGGAUGCACAGGACACUUGUUUCCAAUUAGUUAACUUGCCCUAUUUGCAAUCUUUCCCUGCCGACCCUCCUCUAUAUAAAGGACAUUAGACCUCACACUCUUUAACCCACUCUUAAUACACAGCUGCUUAGUUCUGAAAUAGUUUUCAUGGCUUCCAUAACAUUUUCAGGCGCUACUGGAAACUUCUCUUUGCUGCCAACAGCUGCCGUUUCUGAGAACUCAAAUAAUAUAAAGGGUGGGUUUAAUCCCUUAAGAAAGAACUUGAAUAAUACCAGAAAAAAGCACAAUGGUCGAAGCUUGGUGUCCACAAACGUAGCAAGUCCACCAUUGCCGGCAAUAGCUCAUCCACCCCCAAAAGAAGAGAGUGGCGAUGGUUACGACAGGAGUCACGUAGCAUGGACGAGUGUGCGGCAGGAGAGAUGGGAAGGAGAGCUGCUUGUCCAAGGAGAAAUACCAUUGUGGCUGAAAGGUACGUACCUAAGAAAUGGGCCAGGGCUGUGGCACGUUGGGGACUACAACUUCCGCCACCUCUUUGACGGCUAUGCCAUGCUCGCCAAACUCCACUUCCACGACGGCCGCCUCACUGCUGGCCACCGCCAGAUCGAAUCCGAGGCCUACACAGCUGCCAUGAAGAACCAAAAAAUAUGUUUCCGUGAAUUCUCUGAGGUCCCUAAGCCGGCCAAUUUCCUAUCUUAUAUUGGAGAACUAGCCAACUUAUUCUCCGGUACAUCGUUGACUGACAACGCCAACACCGGAGUGGUUAAGCUAGGUGAUGGUCGGGUUGUGUGCCUCACAGAAACCCAGAAAGGAUCAAUAGUGAUUGACCCGACCACGUUGGACACUUUAGGAAAAUUUGAGUACAGUGACACAUUGGGUGGUUUGAUACACUCGGCACAUCCUAUUGUGACCGAUACCGAGUUUUUGACUUUGUUGCCGGAUUUAAUCAAGCCGGGGUAUUUAGCGGUCAGGAUGGAGCCGGGUACUAAUGAGAGGAAGGUGAUCGGGCGGGUUGAUUGUAGCCGUGGACCGGCUCCUGGUUGGGUGCACUCUUUCCCUGUGACCGAGCACUACAUCAUUGUGCCCGAAAUGCCACUGAGGUAUUGUGCUGGGAAUUUGCUCAAGGCCGAGCCCACUCCCUUGUACAAGUUUGAGUGGCACCCUGACUCUAAGGCGUUUAUGCAUGUCAUGUGUAAAGCUAGUGGCAACGUUGUGACAAGUGUGGAAGUUCCAUUGUACAUUACGUUCCAUUUUAUUAAUGCUUAUGAGGAGACAGAUGAGGACGGUAGGGUUACUGCUAUCAUUGCCGAUUGUUGUGAGCACAACGCUGACACCACAAUUCUGGAUAAGCUCAAGAUUCAGAAUCUUCGAUUGUAUACCGGCAAAGAUGUACUACCAGAUGCUCAGGUUGGUAGGUUCAAGAUACCACUGGAUGGGAGUCCAUAUGGAAAAUUGGAGGCAGCACUAGACCCAAAUGAGCAUGGAAGAGGGAUGGACAUGUGCAGCAUAAACCCUGCUUAUCUGGGUAAAAAAUACAGAUACGCUUAUGCUUGCGGGGCUCAGCGCCCGUGUAACUUCCCUAACACCCUCACCAAGAUUGAUUUGGUAGAGAAGAAAGCUAAGAAUUGGUACGAUGAAGGAGCAGUGCCAUCCGAACCGUUCUUUGUUGCCCGUCCCGGGGCAACUCAAGAAGAUGAUGGUGUUGUAAUCUCGAUGAUUAGCGAGAAAAAUGGAGAUGGAUAUGCAUUGCUGUUAGAUGGAUCAACGUUUGAAGAGAUUGCUAGGGCAAAGUUCCCCUAUGGUCUUCCAUAUGGACUGCAUGGAUGCUGGGUUCCCUCCAAAGAAUCAUAGAAAUGAUGAACUAGCCAGUAUCAGUUCUACAUUCGUUAUUUACAGCUAGCCAAAGAAUGUUCCCACUUCGACUGCGUUGAUAUAUAUGUAGGUCACGGUUAGCUAGGUACACAAAAAUAUGCUAUUCGUUUAUAUGAUAUGAG